AGCGGAUGCUUUUAUGUGCGAAAGGGCUCAGGAAACGAACGGAUAUAUUUAAGAUCAAAAUAGGAAUUUGCAAUCCUGUCCAAGAGGUCUUUAAAAUGUUUCUUUAAAUGGCUCUCCUCAAGUUAUGUAGCAAAGGGAAACUUCCACCCAGGGAGAGAUUUUUGAUUCAUGGCUUGUCCCACUGUGCACUUUUUUAAAACAGAUGAUAUAUACGUCUAUAUAACAGCUACCGCUUAGUGCGAAUAAUAUCUUGUUUCUCGAAAAUGAAACUUAAAACUCUCUUCGGUGACAGUGUUAGUCACACGCCAUUACCUUUCAAUAUGUUUACAUGAAAACUGCCUACAUGUUUCGCAUCCAUUAAGAUUGUACCUAUACUGUAUAUCGACCUGCAUGGGUUGUUCCAUUUGCUUCGCGAAUGGACCUUGGAGAGGGAUGUGAAUGGAUUUUUUAAAAAAUGCUUUCCGUAAGAAAUACAGAGAGGAAACCAGAAAUAUUUUGGCUUUUAACGAAUAAAAGAUGUGUGUGUAUAGGAUGACAGUAUUUCUAGGAUAGUGCGUGACAUCCAGUCUUCUUCAGAGACGCGAUGUCUUUUUUACAAUUCCAAAUGGAUGACAUAGAAAACUUACUUUAUUCCUUGGACAAUGAUACAUUACAUGACGUUUUCUCGGAUGAUUUUGAAAAUACAUCAAACUUUGAGUAUUUCGAUAGCAACCCAACGACCCAGAUUCUUCUAAUUUCAAUGUUUGGUCCUCUGGCCAUGCUUACAUUUGUCUGCAACAUCAUUGUUUGCUACGUCGUGGGCAAAAACAAGAAAAUGCAGACGGUGACAAAUGUCUUCAUUGUGAACAUGUCCGUGUCGGAUUUAAUUCUAGUGUCUCUGAAUGUCUCGCUUAAUAUCGCGAGACAUCUAGCGCGUGAAUGGACCCUGGGAGACUUCUGUUGUCACAUGUUGAACUUCUCAUUGAUGCUGUCAGUUUACGUUUCGACCUUCACUUUGACCGCCAUAGCUCUAGACAGGCAUCAGGUGCUUCUCUAUCCUCUACAGCCUAGAAUCACCAAACGCAUAAGUUACGUAAUCAUUUUUGCUAUUUGGUUCGUGUCAAUCCUCUUAGCAUUACCGUAUGGGGUUUUCACCAAAGUGGCAGUGAUUGAUUUCCUGUUGGCCAAGCUUAAGCGAUGUACGACCGUGUUUCCUCAUCCUGCUCAUCAGUGGGAGCAGGCGCUGACCAUUACCACAACGGUCCUACAGUUUUUCUUGCCUGUGGGGGUUAUUGCUAUAGCCUAUUCAAGGGUGAUACAGAAACUCUGGCUGCGAACGCACCUGGGGGUGGUGACAGAAACACAGAGAAGAAUAGAAAUUCAAAAGAAAAGAAAAACAAUCAAGUUAUUGGUUGCUGUCAUGUUAGUCUUCACAGUAUGCUGGGCGCCGAUCAAUUUCUAUCAUCUCUUGACGGACCUUCAUCCGAACAGAGUUACCUUCCGUUACAACGGUACAGCUUUUUUUGUUUGCCAUUGGAUUGCCGUCUCCAGUUCCUGUAUAAAUCCUAUUCUUUAUUGUUGGAUGAACCAGUCCUUCCGUUCUGAGAUUAAAAAGCACGUGACUUGUUUAAGGUGUGCGUUAACGAAACGUAGCAAUUGCUCACAUGACGUUGAAGAACCUUUCACGAAAGAAACCAAUUCUCGUAACCGACAAGACCGCAGGUCGGUCUCGAACCCUCUGAUAUCCACUUCCUCUUCCGAUUCAAGGCGAUCAGAGAGAGAAAUUCCCAAGAAAUGUAAAUUCACCUGUAGGUGCACGUAUAAAUUAAGUAACAUAUGAAAUAAAAUGAUGC